UCACACUAAUUUAUAUAUUCUUCAAGUGACGUUAAACAAGCCUGAGCCUGUUCAUUAUUCCAAUCAAAAUACAUUUCCCCUCAUAUGACUAUUACAGUGAAAUAUUGCCCUGUGAGUGUGCUUGAAGAUUGUUUUCCAUGGCGUAUUAUGCUGCUCUUGCUUCUCUUGUGCAUUUACUUGAGGAUAUAGUCCUUCAUGAUCGAUACCCCAACUUCCUUCUUGCUUAACACCCAAUCUUGAAAUCACUCCUUGAUAAAUUCAGCUUUCUUGAAGAAUCACUGCAAGAUUAUUCAUCCAAAGGCGACGAAGCCGGUGACUGUGUGGAAGCACGCAUAAGAGAUGCGGCGUAUCGAGCACAGGACAUUAUUGAAUUGAAGAUCACAGAUCAUAUGGAUUCCAUAUCAAGUGCGGAUGUAAACAUAUUUUCCCAUCAGAUUUCUGGUUGCCAAAAUGUGUUGGAAAGUCCGAGAGAAGAGGAGUGUGAAGAAGAGCUGUAUCAGGUGGAGCAAGAGGCUGAUUCAAUUGUGGAGGAACUUAAGAAGUUCGCCAUCGGGGAAAGCCACAAAACAAGUGAAGAUUUGCAGCUAAGCCAGUAUUCUACAACUGCCAGAGUUUCGAGAAAUGAUGUUAUGGUGGGAUUUGAGGAAUAUCUGAUCAAAAUUAGAGAUCAGCUCUGUGGGCAUUCAUCCCAACUCCAAGUCAUUCCUAUCGUUGGGAUGGCUGGAAUUGGCAAGACCACUUUGUCUAGAGCAGCCUUUGAUGAUCAGCUUAUUCUAGAUCACUUUGAUCGUCGUGCUUGGGUGGUUGCGUCUCAAGAUUAUCAUGAGAAUGCACUUCUUCUAAGCAUUUUAAAAUCCAUGGGUGUCUGCACCGAUAAAUUGCAAGGACAGGGAGUGGGAUUCUUAAAGGAGCUUAUAUACAAACAAUUAAUAGGUCGGAGAUACCUCAUUGUAAUAGAUGAUGCAUGGAAUACUAAAGUUUGGGAUGAUAUAAAGCAUGCAUUCCCGAAUGCCUCUGAUGGAAGUCGCAUCUUGUUGACCACCAGGUUGUUAGAUGUGGCACAUUAUGUCCGCAACUCCGGCUUUCUUCAUGAGAUGGAGUUGCUAGAUGUUGAUGCAAGUUGGGAUUUACUUCGAAAGGAGGUGUUCUCACAAAAAAAUUGCCCUCAAGAAUUUGAAGAUAUUGGAAAGUUAAUAGCUACUAAAUGUUGAGGGCUUCCGCUUGCAAUCGUUGUAGUUGCGGGUAUUCUUUCAAGUGUCCAGACUCCACAACAAUGGGAAGACAUUUGUAGGAAUGUGGGUUCUUUGUUGAGUAAAUCCAGCGAUGAACAUUUGUUCAAUAUUCUAUCUUUGAGCUCAAUCAUUUGCCUCAUUUGCUCAAAGCUUGUUUUUCUAUACAUGGGAAGCUUUCCUGAAGAUUAUGAAACCAACGUACAUAGGCUGACAAGGUUAUGGGCUGCGGAGGGGUUCUUGAAAUCGGAUGACAUGUUCAAAACCUUAGAGCAAGUGGCUGAGG